UGCUGAUGCUGCUUUCUGCAGUUUUUCCAGCUGACAUGUAAAAAGAGGAAAUGAAGAAUGAAAUUGGCCAAAGACUGUUGUGACUUGAAUCAUUAUUUGGAUAAGAGAAACACAGCACUGACAUAAGACUGUUUGCCCUUGAAUAACAGAUACUAUGACAUACUACAUGAGUCUAACAGCUGUACUUUGUGGCUGCUUGAAGGAUAGUUUACCUUGUAGUAUGUGACCUGCAGAAAGUUGUAAGGGUUGCGAGUACCGAAUUCAUACUCGAUGUCAGUAGAAACAGGGAGCUGUCCUGUAGGUGUGACUGAGCGUCCAAUACAGAACCUCAAACAUUCAGCCUUCUGCUGCACCCAGUCCAAGACCCAGAGGUCCCAAAGACUCCCCUUUUCCGAGUCUAACAACAGAGAAAACAGUGAGGUUAUCAGUGAAUCAUUAUAAAAAGUCAAUCAUUUACAAAGCAACUAUGUCUAAAUUAAAUAUAAGGCUUAUGCAUGGCAAACAUUUGCAGUAGUAUAUACGGUCUUGCAUCUGAAUUCUACCUGCUUCACAUGAUAACAAUAUUUUAAGAGAUGCUGUCAAGUUUCAAAGCAGUGCCUCUGCUCAUAUUUCUGUUUUUCUACAACUUGGGAUGAUGAAUUUUUCAUGUAUUGGCCCGACACUUACAUACUAAGAACCAGACAAGAUGUACGUGACUCUGCACUCAUCUUUUUUUUCUGUAUGGUAAUUAUACUCCACACAAAGCAGGGAUUCUGGCAAACCACUGAGCCCACCCAUUGCUAGUAGGAGGAGAAGCUAAACGAUUAAAUUUGAAAGUCUGAAACAACAAGUGUGUACUCUUUUUUUAAAAUUCAUGAAUGCUGAAUAAGUAUUUGCUGAAUCUGGGGUUAAAUGUUUUUAUAGAGAAUAUGUAAGACACCUUAGGAUAAACCAGAUAGAUGAUAAGCAAUGGGAUAAACUGUAUACUUUAUGGGGGGAAAAAGUUCAUUUUGACAUUUUUCUGGGGAAAAAAUGAUUAUUUUAUCUCUGUAACCCCAAACUGAGAAGAAAAGCUCACUUUGGUUGAGAGACCAUUGCAGCACACUCGAUAGCACUGAUUUGAGGGGUUAUAGUAAACAUAACUUGAUUUAAAGGGUCCCAAAGAAACCCAAAAAGAGCUAUAAACCUGGGGUUAGGAAAUGCAAGCAUGACAGGGUCCCAACUUUUGUUUUUUUUGGGUGUGAAUGUAAUUCAUUGAUUGUUCAUACAGACUAAACUGGGGAGUCACUGAAGAAGAAUGCCAUGUUAACUUACACAAAUAUAACUUUAUUUAAGAUCAGCCAAGCCCAAAAAUAAAUCACACUUGAUCAAUCACUCACCCACUUUACUAGCAGCCUCUUUCCCUGCUGACACGCAGUCUUCAUGACACUGUCUGCGGACUCUGAGCAGUGAUUCCUUGGUCACGAUGGAUUUCUCCAGCAGCUCUGCAGCCUUCGCCCACUCCUCACCAAAAUAUGCACGUACUCCACUGUAAUACAGAAAAUCAUACGGCUGCAGGAGAGAUAGGACGCCAGAGCUACCACUACCAGAGGCUGCUAAAGUUAAACACGGUAAUGCUACAAUAACGAAAUUAAACGCCACGUAUACAGUGAAAUGGUUGGGGUUCAGCGCCAUGGUCCGAGAAACAAACCCAGUGGAGGAGACUGAAUUUGGAGGAGGAGGGACUACUGGGGAAAUAGUCAAGGAACCUAAGUGCCCUCGGGAAAGUUACAUGUUUUAGUCCGAUAUGAUCCAUGGCCAAUCUCUCGUUUUAUGUUCUGACUAUUGUUUCUUUUCAACAGCUGAUUUUGUUUUUAGAAAAAUGUACUGAGCUUUCUUCCUUUUCGAGGUUAUAAAAGUUAGACUGUGUUGUACACGCUGUAUGGCACCAGCUGUGCGGAUUGUAAUACACUUGAAUCACCACGAGAGGAAGCCGUUGGUUGAAUUCGACAUAGAUAUACAUAAGAAAGGCUAGAUGACUCGAGGCGGAGUCACCGGCGUCCGUACACGGCGGCCAUCUUACUCCAGUACACCAUUCUGGUACGCUCUAUGGUAGCUGACGGGAGGUGAGUAAUCUGCAUGAUAAAAUAUACUCUUAACUCGCUGAAAUCUUGGCUAUGAGUUGGGAUGUUUGGACAUAUAAAAAUGGCAGCUUUUUCUUGAGAAGAAAAAAAGACUUAAUCAUGAAGCACAGUGGUUUCGCAGCUUUUUGAGUCGCUUUGCGCGAGUUGCCAAGGCAGACCACAUUCAAGAUUUUAAUUAAUUUUAUGACAGCCUAUUAUUUUUUAUUUAGUCUAAGUGACAGUCUUUGUGGGUGUGCUUGUGUUUAUCAGCUGUCUAACUUGGCUAACAGGCUCGCUGUGAGUGAGACCAAAUACAUAUUACAAAGUUGACCCAGCAAUUUUACAUUAGUUGGAGAGGCAGAAAUGCUCUUUCGAUUCAACAUAACUUAAGUUGCACAAGAUUUCCAAGCUGUUUGGUUUGUUAGAAACAUCUAAAAUGGCAACAUGACGCGGAAAUUUAUAUUGAAAAUAAAUAUUUCUAUAUGUGAUUUCUAUAUGUUAUUAUAGUUAUCAAUAUAAUAGAAAUAUUACUAAUAAACCAACAUGGAAUGAUUAAAUGUUUUAUGUAUAAAUGAUUUAAUAUAACUGCCUUGUGUGUAGGCCUAUAGCUAUUGCUCUACCUAUCUGCUUAAUGUUUACUUGUGAAAAUCCAUGGUUAUAAUUAUUCUUGAGUUUUCAGGAACGUUACUAAAACUCUGAGGUUUGUUACAAACCAAACCGUUCGAAAAUCGGUUUAAAAUUAACCAAUCUAUGGUUAUUUAAAUGCUGCAUGCACCGUAGACUGUAAUGUUAUGAAUGGGCGAAUGUCCCGUAGCAAAAUGGCCGCCAUGCGCGGACGUUGGUCUCCAUUGGUUAACAGUGUGCGUAAGCCAUCUAGCGUUUAUUUAUACAUCUAUGGAAUUCAACGGUCGUUACCGUAAAUAUAUCACAUAGAUCAGAUUCUAUUUAGACUAAGAGAUAUAUAAUAUUAUUUCAUGGAACAUAUAGCAAAUUUCACUCUUCGUCUUAGGAUGUUUUCGAAGCUUUUGGUUCGUUAAGGUUGAUAUGCGAUAUAAAUGUCGACUCAGUGCUUUGCUGAAUCAGAGCGGCUGUAAUAUCAUAUAGAUUACGGUAACGAGCCGCAGCCCCACGGCGUGAGGGCUACUGAGUUCGUUCGGCCUUCCCUCUCAACACAAGGCAGCAUCUCAUGAUUCAUUCAACCAAACACAGACAGCUGAAGACGGGCUAAAACAACGGGCACACUGCGAGCUGGGGAAUUCAGAGGCCUGGGGUCCAAAGUUAAAGGAGCAAGUUUUCCUACUGAAAGGCGGAACUAGCUAGCUUGUCAUGGCAGAUGUUGGUGAGGUUUUGAUGUCGGUUUUGUCCACAAUUCGGGUUCCGAAGCCCGGGGACCGUGUCCACAAAGACGAAUGCGCCUUGUCAUUUUCCUCGCCGGUGAGCCAGCCUUAAAAACAUGAAACAAAACAUUGUUGUUUCUCGUCUUACCACAUUACACCCUCCCCGUUCUUGUCUAAUACCAUUUUAUCGGCGCUGUCUCACCUAAAUGCUCUGGCUUUUUAGAUGUUUUAACUAACUAGCAUGCUAGCUUUAAGCUAGGCUAAUAAUGCACUGUAAUGGAAACGGUGCUUCUCUAGCUUGUUAGCUAGCCCUGUUCAGUCUAACUGGGUUCCUGUCAAACUAAUUCGAAAGAUAUUUUAGUCGUAUUUUGUUCACACUUGGGUUUCCGUGACAGCCAUGUUAAUGACUUUGAAUAAACUAUAUCUUAUCUUAAAUUUGCCCAGACUUAAAUAUUUCCUGUUAUUCAUUUAUCUACUUGAAAACCAACGUUGGGCUGAUGUACAACAGUUAGCCGACUAGCUGAAAACAACAUGACAGAUGUGACAUGGUAGAAGACAUCCACAUUACCUCCACAUCUCAAACCUCCCUCUGUUGUGUCCGUGUUGAAAUAAAAUUGUAUUUACAUUGUUUGUCUUUUUACAGGAAAGUGAAGGAGGUCUGUAUGUGUGCAUGAACAGUUUCCUGGGCUUUGGGAGUAAAUAUGUGGAUAGGCAUCAUAGUCGGACUGGCCAGAGGGCUUACUUCCACAUCACUCGGACUCGCAAGGCUAAGGUAACCCCCAGCCCCAACCCUUUAUAAGCCAUAGAAACCAAAACCCUCAAUACCAAAACCAUUCUAGAUAGGGGAGAGUGGGGUGAGUUGAGCCAAAGGGUAAAUUGAGACACUCCCUGUUGCUUGGAAAUGGUAAAAGAAAUUGAUCAUGUGACCAAAUAUUUAUGAGAUGGGCAUCAAUUCAUGGAGUCUGUGAAGGUUAGAAGCACAUGGGUGAAGGGGUUAGACAUUUAUUUAAAAAAAAACAUUUUUCACUCUUGAAAGAGACUUUAGUCUGUCAUUAGUUUUAUUAGAAUUGUGCUCAGACCAAAAAAGAUCAUUUUAAAUUUGUUUUAUACAUCAAUUUUGGUAUCUAUGAGCUACAACAUGAGGUCAAAAACCUAGCAGAAAAGCCCACCAUUUUAGUUUGAAGGACUAAUAAAGUUAUAAUAGUAGCUCUGGGGUAAAUAAAGGUGUCUGAUGCAGGUCUAGACCUGCUCUUGUUCUUUGAAAGUGUCUUGGGAUGACGACUGUUAUGUAUUGGCACUGUAUAAAUAAAAUUUGGUUGACUGAUUGAUAGUAGGGAUACGGCUCAACUUAGGCCGCUCGUAUGGUCAACUUACCGCAUACACGGGUUAAGUUGACCAUAGGAGACCAUUUUUUUGGCAUGCUACAUUAUCAAAACAGUUAUUGUUACACUCAUUCUGUUGGUUUGCAGGGAUGCACAACAUCCUGAAAUAUAUGCAGAUACACUAGUUAGUGACAAAACUAUGAUUGCCUUGAUGUAGUGAUCCGAAAUAUGAAAAAUGGCUCAUCUUACCCCACUCUCCCCUAUUCUAUUUGAUAUUCAUAGAAGGAAGAGGACAACAACUCUGGAUCUGGACAUCCACCCAAGAAAAAGCCCACCAGAUUGGCCAUAGGUGAGACUAUGACAGAAUAAAAAAGUUUAUAAUCGGGUAUAAUCAUUUAAAUUUGCCGUGUCUUAACCCCUUGCCUUGUUUCUGGUGUCUUUAGGUAUUGAAGGAGGUUUUGAUGUGGAGCAGGAUCAGUAUGAGGAAGAUGUCAAGGUGAUCAUUCUACCUGACAGACAGGAAGUGACAUCAGAUGAUCUAGCUACAAUGCCUGACGUUGUGAAAGAGCGGGUAAGGAAUCUGUUAAGGAAGGUGUGUUUUAUUCUUUCCAGGCAAAGGAUUUGUGUUCCCUCUUUGGGGGGGUCUGUUAGGGUUGCCACACUGGUUACAUACUACAGUAUAGAAAACAGGAACAGUUUUGCAGCAUUUAGGAUCCCAUUGUCACACACAUAAAGAUAAUAAAUUAGAUUUAUAUAGUACCCUUCAAAGGACCCAAGGUGGCUUUAAAAGUGAUAAUGAAAAAUAAUAUUGAUAAUAAAUAAUAAAAAUACAAGAAGACUGAGGUAGGUGAAAAGACAUGGGGUUCUGAUAGGGAAAUGGUAAUGGGAGGUUGGAGACUGUGAUAAACAGGUGGUGUUUCAGUAGUUCUAAAUGUGGUCAGAUGGGGCAUUUUGGAUGUCUGAGGGAAGGUUGUUCUCUUUUUUUCUUUUUGAAGUAUGAGCAACUUACAUAAAGGAAAGAACAGUUGAAGGAAAUAGCAAAAAGUCUGAAAAACAUGUGUAGGCUUCAAAGAUCGUUUAAAGGAUUCGUCUUCUACAGUAAAUCACAGACAGAUAUCUUGGAUCAGAGUAUGAGGUCACAUGUUGACAUUUAAGUUUCUCUCACCAGCUGUAACCUAGUCUAAUUUGUUCUUGUUUAUUCAUCUAUUACCAUCAAGGUGUCCCUGUCAAUGGCUGGUAUCAUGACAGCCGACUCAGUGUCUCAUGCCUUACAAGUUCAACAGUGGGAUGGAGAGGUGAGACAGGAGUCAAGGCAUGCUGCUGACCUAAAACAGCUAGACAACGGACUCAAGAUUCCUCCCAGGUGAGACAUUAAAACACAGCUGUCUUUUAUGUAAAACUAGCGUACAGCUUGACAUUAAGCAUUCAUGAUCAUUGUUGCGUUAUUGCUGUGGCCCCCUUGCUGUAUUACACUGUUGUAUGUUUAGUUUUAUUACAAAAACAAAAUAAGAUCGCUGCUCAGAGUUUGCAUUCCCUGCUUUUCUUCAUGACAGUGGCUGGCGGUGUGAGGUUUGUGACCUACAGGAGAACAUCUGGAUGAAUCUGACGGACGGCAAAGUCUUGUGUGGCCGCAGGUAUUUUGAUGGCUCAGGGGGGAACAACCACGCCCUUCUCCACUACCAAGAGACAGGGUAUCCACUAGCUGUCAAACUCGGUACCAUCACUCCUGAUGGAGCAGGUAAGCAGACAGCACAAAUACUUUUUCAUAAAAUGAUACUGUCUAAAAGGAAAUUUCAGUUUUUAUGGUCUUUUUAGGUUUAACGCUUUUUCACCCUCUUAUAGCAGUUUAAUCACUUUUUUUGUCAUGGGCAGAUGGUUACCCUACUUUACAGGUAGAUAGUAACCUGCUUUUUAACAUACAGGAAAAGCUCAAACCCACAUCAGUCCCCAUUUCAUUUCAUUCAAAGAUCACGUGCUGUUCCGCACCUAGUAAUAAAACAUAUACCACUAAUAAAAAAAAACCUGUGUCUUUCUGCCAAAAUGUAUGAGCCACCCUAACCCUAACCCCAGAUGGCUGUUGUCAAUCAAACACAAACACUGACAUGGUAUUCCAUUCAGCUGACACACAGAGAGAUUUGCGGCUAUUUCCCGAAAGCCUUUUGAAUUUUUUUAAAAAGGGGAAACUGUAAGGGAUUUGAAGUGGAUGUAGAGGGCAUUACAUGUAAGCUAUGAUGGAUUUCUAAUAGGAACAAGAGUCAGAAUAAAUGCUGUAUUUGUGGUUGUCAGAAGCUUAGAGCAUCAUUUCCCUAAAGUGCCACUACUGCUUUUUAUGUUCAGAUGUGUAUUCCUACGAUGAGGAUGACAUGGUGCUGGAUUCCAAGUUACCAGAGCACUUAUCUCACUUUGGUAUCGACAUGAUGACCAUGGAGAAGGCAAGUUCUGUGAUAAUGUUGUAUUUUUUUUCAAUUCUAUGUAUUCCUCUCUUUUAGUGUCAUAAAAAUCAAAUCUGCCAUGUUUCCCCCCCAGAUUUACUAUAAUCAUCUUCUGUCAACUUCUCGUAGUCAGAAAUAUUGCUAAACCCUCUGCUUUAUGAUUGAAGUGUCAUAAAUUCUGUCAGAAAUAUUGGACUUUUUCCUGUUGGCAGACAUCCAGCCUGUUAUGGGUGCCUCUGUCUCAGAGCAGCCAUCGAUUAUGUGAUGUUUGUGAGUCGUCUAAAAUUCAGCUGCAGUGAUAGAGUUAGUAGUAACUGAAAUAUCUGAGUCUUUGUCCAGCUUUGUAGGCUGGUUCUCUGUCAUCUUUUUCAAUUCAGCAUAUUUUAACUGUAACUUCAGUAGAUCUUUAAAAUAUUCUUAUGGUAUUUUUUUUUUUACUGAAAGUAACUGUCUCUUUAAUGUUUGUUACGUUCAUCAAUCGACAUUUAAUGCAUUUAAUCAUGUUUCAUCAUAUUUAUCAACUGGACUUUGAUAAUUUUAUUCAUUUGCUUCUUUAAUCCCCUGGGCAUCAAAAUCGAAAUGCAAUCAACAGGUCACUCAGAAAAGAAAAUAACUUGUGAAUAUAAAUCCAGUCUUCUGUGCAGCUGGUGAAUCUACCUUAAGUGUUGGCUUUCAUACAGCAGUACUCUUCAUGAAGUUAGGUUUUGUGUUUGUGCAAAAUUUUAAAUUAAAGUUUGUUAUGACUGAAUACAGCAGCUGAAAACUCCACAGGUUCUUCUAAAUGCCACCUACAUUGUUGACAAAAAGUAAUGUAGAACAUACAGGUAAAAGUAGGGAAUUGAUUACUUUGGAAAGCAGCAUGGUGUUUAAGAGAUAUACCACAGCAGUAAUGAUGAUUUGUUAAUUUCCUGCAGUUGGCAGGAUUGGUCUCUAUGCUUACUUUCCACGCUUUAAGUUGUUUUCCUCCACACCUGUUUUCUUCGGCGAUUCCCCGCUGCCAUUAAUUUCUAUGCCACCUGCUUCUUCUCUAAUUCAGAAUGCCGCUUUCACAGUUUUCACAGUGUAAGAUCUCCGUACCUCUCACUGUGCACUGUAAUGUUGUUUCUCGCAUUGCUAAUGUAUUGCUGCGCACACAUAAUGAUGUCGCGCCGACAGGGGGUGGGGGAUUCGUGCCUCAGUCAAGCGGAAGAAUAAGUGCAGCGCUUGGUGUUGUGAUGAUAUGUUUUGCAGUCUUGUUCUCAUCUGCCUGCUGUCAGCUCUAAUUGAAAUUAGAAGAGUUUGCUCACCAUCCUUAAAACUUGUCUUAAACUAUCAAAGCUGCCAUAUAGAAUGCCAUUUGCCUCGUACCCUUCAUCAUUUCUUCACUUAUCUCUGAUUCCUCUGCUCUUAGACUGAGCGGACGAUGACGGAGCUGGAGAUCGCUGUGAACCAACGUGUGGGGGAGUGGGAAGUGAUCCAGGAGUCGGGGACCACCCUCCGGCCCUUGUAUGGCCCUGGCCUGACUGGCAUGAAGAACCUGGGCAACAGCUGCUACCUCAACUCUGUCAUGCAAGUGCUCUUCACUGUUCCAGACUUCCAGAGCAAGUCAGUACCUUUUUUUUUUUUUACUCAUACCCUGCAUCUUCCAGCUCCACUCACUUAUUAUGGCAUUCUUGUUAAAAAGACAAAGUUAGAUGCCCUCUGCAGGAGGUAUAUGACUGCAAGCUGAUUAUCAAAGCAGCAGGGAUGAAAUAAUUGUGGAUGAUGUAUUAGAUUUUCUCUUUAAAAUGUUCACCGUACACACUUUCUGGCACCCACCAUGAGGGACUAUAAGAGCUUGAAUAAAAUCCUUCUACUUGUGUCUUCUAGAUAUGUAUCAAACAUUGACAAGAUCAUUGAUGAUGCCCCAAGUGACCCUACCCAGGACUUCAAAACCCAAGUGUGAGUGUCUUCUCCUUGUGUCUGGUUAUUUUCUGUUUUCCAUUUUGUUAAUACGGUAGAUCAUUCUGAAUGUGGGGCUGAAAUGAUGGUUUUUGUUUAGUUGUGCAGAGAAUUAAACGUACUCUUUUGCCUACAUGUUCUGAAAUUAUGCUUUAAUGAACAAGAAAUUUAAAUAUGUUUUGAACAAUGAAGAAAGUGUUCAGAUAUCUGAGCUUACUGUUUUCAAAAAUGCUUUUCUCACUGGAAAAUGGAGCCACAGGGAAAACAAUGAAAAAAAAUAUCCCCAAUACUUAGCAUCCAUGUCAGGGCUUGACAACUUUUUUUACGAGGAGCACAUGUGCUCCUAAGUUGAAAAAGUAAGGAGCACAUAAAGAACUUCAGGAGCACAAUAAAAAAUUGAUCAAAUAAUGUGCGUCUUAUUGGUUGACAUAAGUACUCUUAUUUGAAAUCAAUUUUAGGUCUUUUGGUCACAUGACAUGAAAGCUAUUGAAGGAAAACAGCCUUUUCUGAGAACAUCAACCGGUAAUUUAUUGAUGGUCCCUUAUUCAACACCCGAUGUUGACAGCGAGGGUACUGAUUAGAUUUAACCAUGCUGCUGUUGCUAUUCCCGGUUAUGAAGAGUGAGAAGACACCGGUAGAUCCGCAGUGAAUGUCCGUCGAAUAUCCAACCUAAAACUAACUUCACCGCACAUGUGCCCCUAAAUACACUUUACAAUUUGCAGACAUCUAUUUUUGGUCGCAAAUGCAAGUGAAAAUGUCGCACUGUCGAGCCCUGCGUGUAUUCAUCAGCAGUUAUCACCUUCAAUUUACAAGAAAUGUGAGAAACCAUUCACUUACGGAAAUAUUCAUGGCAGCUUAAAUGUAUUAACAUGUGGUUUUAUACGAAUAUAUUUGAUAUAAGCUUCUUCCUUGAUAGAGAAAUGUUUGAGAUGUCCCUUGGAUUUCACAGUUCUACAGUAUACUGUGUACUUGAGAGUGUAUUUUGAGUUCCUCUGUGUCUCAUCUAAACCAUAAAACCACAGUCAAGUAAGGUCCAUAUUGUUCAUGAUUAAAUCCCUAACAGUGACUCAGCCCGUUUCCAACGCGGUGACGUAUUUAACACCAUAAUCUGCUAUUCCAGAUUUUGAGUGUAUGUGGUCUUAUUCUAAACAAUCUCUUCAAUUGUUGCCGUACAGCUAAAUUAAUCCCACAAGAGAUAGGGAAACAUUCUCCACCAUGUUUUUUGAAGCCAAAAAUAUAUCCAGGCCUAUAUCCAAAUCCUCCUCUUGCGUGAGACUGGUUUAUUGUUGGAUGUGCAGGGAUGUCAGCUUUGUUUGUUUAUUACAGAGCCAAGCUGGGCUACGGUCUGUUGUCAGGAGAGUAUUCCAAACCAGCACCAGACCCUGGAGAUGAGAAUGAUGCAUCUGAACCCAGGGUAAGAAGAAAAAAUAUGUGUUGUAGUGGAUUUGCAAAUAUUAGGUUUGCCAGAGAUAUGUGGCACAUUUAGAAUUUACACUCAGAGAUGAUAACGAAUGUGGUCUUCUUUAAAUCAGGCCUGCUUACAAAUGAGACAAUCCAUGUUUGUUUGCAGGGAGACCAAAUUGGCAUUGCGCCGAGAAUGUUCAAAGCACUUGUUGGGCGGGGCCACCCAGAGUUUUCCACCAAUCGGCAACAGGAUGCUCAGGAGUUUUUAUUGCACUUCAUUAACAUGGUUGAGGUAAAGUAACACUCUAACUCUUCUUCUUUUUUUUUUGGUCCCUAGCCUAUGUCUAUAUACCGUUGUUUAUUUUCCUUCACAGAGGAACUGUCGCUCCGGGUUAAACCCCUCUGAAGCUUUCAGGUUUCUGGUGGAGGAGAGGAUUGUGUGUCAGCAAUCACAGAAAGCCAAGUACACACAGCGGGUGGAUUACAUUGUCCAGCUACCUGUGCCCAUGGACCAGGCUACAAACACAGGUGAAGGGUUACAGUGAUGUAUAAUGUUACUGUGGUAAAGUACUUUGUGUCCACUGAUUCAGGUGAAUAAAAGAAGGGAUGGGAAAUUAGAGAACCCUCGAACUCAGACAACUUUUACAGUAAUUUACAGAAGGCGUCAUACGCAACAUGUUUUAAGGCUUUAAAUCUUGAUUUUAUAGACAGGCUCAAAACUGCUCAUUUGAUUUCUUUCAUAAAGUGGUGAAAAAGUUUUACGGAUGUCUAAGAUGUGCUUAUUUUCCUAACAGAGGAACUCCAAGAGGCAGAACGCAGGCGCGAGGAGGGGGACUCAUCAGCCCCUACAGUGCGUGCACAGAUCCCUUUCACAGCUUGCAUGGCGGCCCUCAGCGAACCAGAGAUCCUCACAGACUUCUGGAGCUCAGCCGUGCAGACUAAGACUACUGCUACCAAGUAGGAAGAGAGAAAUCACACAAACACACACACCAAGAGCUUUUUUAAUUGAAACAUGUCUUAUCAUGAAUUUAUUCAUGUCACCCUUUGUCACAUUUGCCAGAACAACCCGUUUUGCAUCCUUCCCUGACCACCUGGUCAUCCAGAUUAAGAAGUUUACUUUUGGUCUCGACUGGGUUCCCAAGAAAUUGGGUAAGUACGGACAUGAUGUUAAAAGUUGAAUAUAUUUUUUGUGUUGUAUGAAAGUUUAUGUUGUUUGACACACUGUAGGCCACAGUCCUGUUGAAAGGACGCCUGAUAUUCAUACAUCAAUACACGUCGUAAAGGCUUGCUGUCAAUUAUACAGUUAAUAUUACACCUUGGCCUGAUGUCUGCAGUUACCAUAGCAGUUACAUCCCACAAUGGCAACUUCUACUUUCAUAAAUACUAAAAGCCAUUCCCACAUUUACUGAUACAGACUUAAAGUUGAAUAUUGACAUUUAAUAAUGGAUAACCUCUGCUGCAAUUUCCUCCUGUUUUUGCUACAAAUGGAGCAAGAUGUUAACACACACACAGCAGUUCUUCACAGCACUACAACAAAGAAGAACACAUAGACUUUGGAUUUCAUUGACUUUUCCUUUGAUUUCUUUAACUCUCUUAAUGGAGAAGAGAACAUUGUGUCACCAGGGAAUCAGACAGAGUGUGAUUGUCUCCAGAUUGCUGCUUUUGCAGUUGUGAGAAAACAAUCUGUCUUGUGUCAAUAAGGGUAUUGAAAUCUUCAGAACCUGACAAAUCCAGAGUAGAAAUACUUGAAUACCUACUCAAAACAAAUCAGAAUUCUAACAGUAACAGAAAAAAGGCAUAAAAAUAAUGGAACAAAGUCGCAGCUUUUCUCCUGGGUGCUAUCUGGCAGUAGGGAAAGUAGAAAUGUGACACUUGAAGCUAGACAGUAGGACCACUCACUUUCUUUUACAAAGAAAAGAUAUCAACUCAAUGCUGACAAAAUAAAAUGCACGUCACACAUAUUCUCGGUGUGAUCAAGAUGUGGGAAAAAGCCUAGAGGCCGGGAAGUGAACAUGAACAUAAUCAAGGAGAAAUUAAAGCGACAGCAGCUAAAAUGAGAUGUUUCAGACUGAGGCUGAUUUUGUGAGAAAUUUGAGGCUUUUUUAUAAUCUGAAAAUCAUGGAAAGCUAUUAAAGAGGUAUCAAAAAGGAAAUAUAAAGUCUGAAAAAAUUCCUAAUACACCCUCUCUAAGAGGGUAAAUCAAAAAAACGUUCGGAUGAUAAUGACUAACGGAAAUUUAUGAUAAAAGAAGUUUUAAAUGCUGAUGGAUGUCUUUGCAGAUGUGAGUAUUGACGUUCCUGACACUCUGGAUCUGAGUGCACUGCGCGCAACCGGCCAGCAGCCAGGCGAGGAGCUUCUACCAGAGGUGGCCCCGCCCCCACUCAUGACACCAGAUGUGGAGGUUAAAGGUAUCCUGGGUUCCCAUGGCAACGAGGAGGACGACUCGCUCUACUCCCCACUGCUGUGUUAGUCUGUCUGUCUUUCCGCUCUUUUCUUUUUUCUCCUGUAAAGCUCUUAUUUGUCCUUCCUUAUUUCCUCUUCGCUUUUUUUCUUCCUUUCUGUCUUUUCUGUUCCCAGCGUCCUUCCGUUGCCAUAUUCUUUUUACUUUUACACAAUGUGAAAUGAUUUUACUUGAAUUAGUUGAUAGUUCUAUAUAUAUAAUUUAUUUUUGUUAUUUUGCAGUUUACACUUUUGCACUUUUGUUUAAAGCAAAAUUCCAGUUACAAAAGUACCCCAAAGUCAUUCAACUUUUUCCUUACUCUAUCUCAGCUCCAGUUCUAGAUGACUCCACAGUGUCCCAGUUAUGUGAAAUGGGAUUCCCCCUGGAGGCCUGCAGGAAAGCGGUGUACUACACUGGCAACACUGGAAUCGAUGCUGCCACGAAUUGGAUAAUGAGCCAUAUGGAUGACCCAGGUGUGCAGAGCUUUGGGAAUUUUCCUCAAAACUAAAUCAUCAAUCAGUCUGGCUGCUUCAAUCACUCUUCCUGUUCUCCCUUCUGUCUGAUUGGUUACAGACUUCUCAGCCCCUCUGGUGUUGCCAGGCUGCAGCUCCGGCGCAGGGACCACGCCCACCGAGAGCCUCUCUGAGGAGCACCUGGCAACCAUCGUCUCCAUGGGCUUCAGCCGAGAUCAGGCAACCAAAGCACUUCGAGCCACGGUUAGAAUCAAUCUCUGUCCAGUAGGAGACGGGGAUAUGACUAAUAUCACUUGCCACUUGUCUAAAAGUAGAGCGGUGCCAAAACAGACCCAGCUGCUCCUUUUUUAUGCAUACACUCAUGUUGCCAAGUUUUUGAGGUUCUUGGAGACUCACCAAGGCCUUAAUUCUUCCAAAAGAAAAAAAGAAGAAGAAAAAUUUAACUGAAAGUUUUAUUGAGCCAAGCUGUCUCCAAAGCUCUAGAGAGGGAUACAUCUUAAAUUCUCAUUUUUGUAUCAUCAGAGUUUUUGUGGUGGUCACAGAGUGAAUCAAUGCUGUAGUUUUCCCAACAAUAGCUGAUGCAGUUUGCUGAAAUGUCAACAACCCUAACUUAGAUCAGAGUGACACAGGGCAGUGCUGUCCUGUUAUAAGAGAACAUCAAAACAAAACUAGUCUUCAUCAAAAGAAUGUGUUUGACUUUGUUACAGAAGAGCCAAUGAAAAAUCUUUACAUACUGCAAACUAUGGGUUUUAGAUUAUGCUCUUGUUAGAUUCUACCUUUAGUUUUUUUUUUUCUGAUUUCAAAGUUGAUGGGUCACUUUCCACAUUAACUAGUUAGAAUUGCAGAUAUCAGUUUGUGAUCCCCACCCAUUUAUCUCAGAUGAUCAAGGUCAGCAAAGCUUUACUUUCAUUGCUUCAUUGUUCCAUCAUUAGCCUCAGUACCAGUCUGAUAUAAGCCAUAGAAAAUAGAGUGGCAGCAUAACUCUUCUCUUUCUCUUCUUUUACGAGCAAAAAGAGACACUGUUGUCUACUGCAGUUGGCAGUUAUACUGCUAUGACGUCGUUUGUAAUGUAGCUCCUUGAACAAGUUACCUUUAACAGCACUUUAGAUGCUUCAUUAAGGUUCAUAACCCAACAUAUUAAAAACAAAAACAGGCAUAACAUAAUGCUUUCAAAAUAAGUGAUUUACAUUUUAUUCAUUGUUUCUUUAGUAUUGGUUCCAUAAUAUGUCAGGCAGCCUUUAAAGGAAGGUAGCAGCUGUUUCUGGCUGUAGAACUAUUUGGAUUCUAUCCUUCUAAAGCUUUGUUGAUACUCCUGCAUUAACACUAUACUGUAGUGGCCUAGCUCUCUUGGCUUCACAAUACUUCACAUAUGCACUUGUUAUUAAGUCAAACUUUGAGUAAUAUUCGUUGCUUGUUCAUGCACAGAAAACUGUGGCAGCUGAAUCUGAGAGUUUGAUGUUGGAGUUGGAGAAGUUAAAUAGAAAGCAGCAGUUAAUCAUAUUGCAAAGGAGACGUUAGAGUGAUGGAAUAUUUGAUGAUUGUGUAGGCAGAGGAUGUGUGGAACAGUGGUAAUACUGCAUGUGUAAAUGCAGGAUGCAAGUUACAACGCUACCAAGUAGACCAAUCUCGGGGCUUGUAGUCUGCAAUGUUUAAAGGGAUAUUCUGGCGUAUAAUUCUUUAGGGUCAAACACAUCGUAACACCAAAGCCAACCAAACAUCUUUUUAACUUUGCCCAAUUUCUUUAGCAUAGAGACUAAACACGACUCACCUACUCUCUUCCAGCAGCCGCUUGUUUGUAGCGAGACCUCGGGCCAGUCCAUUACGGACUACAGCGGGGUGAAGCAGCUCAAGGAAGAACAUUUAUGAUCAUAACUUCGUGGAAAUGCAAUUAGACCGAGACGCUAAGGCAGAAGAACUACUGCAUCUGCAGUGCAAAAUGAUUAAUAUGGUGAUUAUUACUUCAAGGAAUGAUAAAGUACUGCUGUGUAUCGCUAUCCUGCGGUGACCCUAACUUAAUUUUGCGCUGGAAUAUUCCUUCAAGAGUGUGCACUUGGGGAAUAGUACAAUGUCUGCAUAGGUACAGGUCUUUGCGAACCUACUGCAUACGUCAUGGUAGAAAUUUAUUGCAGAGGUAUAAAUCAGGAAUAAGGCUUUGACCAAAAGCUCAGUUCAACGAUACUCUUAAAUAAUCCCUCUUUAAAUAAUUCUUGUUUCACAGAGUAAUGUCCUAGACCGGGCAGUGGACUGGAUCUUCUCCCAUCUGGACGAUCUGGAGUCCAUGGAUGUGUCUGAAGGUGGUCGCUCAGCAGCAGAGAGUGAGGGUGGCAGGGAUCCUCCGCCUGGGCCCCGUGUCAGAGAUGGACCAGGAAGUAAGUUAAGAGGAGGGAGUCGAAAUGAUAACCACCUUCGAAUGUGUCCCUACUGAUGUGCUUGAAAAAAAAAAAUGUCUACACCUGUAACGUUGUAUCUUCUUAUCAAAUUUAUUUGAAUAAUUAACAUUUGGGAUAACUUAUGGUCUUUCCUUUUGUAGAGUAUGAGCUGUUUGCAUUCAUCAGUCACAUGGGGACGAGCACAAUGUGCGGCCACUACGUCUGCCACAUCAAGAAGGAUCAGCAGUGAGUGUUGUUUUUUUUUCUUUGUUUGUUUUUCAGGUGUUUAUAAGUAUUUAGCCAUUUAAAUCUUUAAUGUGUCACAAAGAUAUAUCUCUGAAAGUCUUAUACCCUAAAAAAAAGUCACUUCAUUCUGUUCAGAAAGAAUUACAGUCUCACAGAUGAUCAAAUUUCUACUUUUUAAUUAGUAGUUGCAUAAAGCUGGUUGUAUUCUGCCUCAGCAGGGGGCACCAUACUCCAGGUCUGAUCUGAUCGAUGAUGGCUGCGAUAGAACUGAAAACAGUGCUAAGUUUUAACCUGUCAUAGAAAUAAGAGAUACUGUAGAUUAAUUAAACAUCUUCAGGUAAAUCAAUGUCAGAUUUCUUCCACAUUUUUCCAACCUGCUCAGGUUGAUAUUUCAGAAAAAAAGGCUUUAUUGACUUGAAAAUCAAUCAGGCUGAAUUUGUAAAGUAGUUUUCAUACAACACUAAUGUAACUCAAAGUUCAAGUUAAAAUGACUAUUUCUUAACGUUCUUAUACUUACAAACAAAGGUGCCACAUAAUCCAAAUAGAGUGCAAAUUUGCUAUAAUGUCCUUAAUGAAGGUGCUCUCUGUAAUUUGAGGGGUCUCUUUUUCCAAAGGUGGGUAAUCUUCAACGAUCAGAAGGUUUGUGCUUCUGAGAAACCUCCCAAAGACCUGGGAUACCUCUACUUCUACCGGAGAGUGGCUGAAUGAGACAAAGGAGCUUUACACUUGGGGUGAAAGAGGAGAUUUGUGGACGCUUACACAAACACACACGACAGCAUUCAUAGUUACACUCCACCAAGCUCUUACAAAUGCCCUGGCACGCUUCACAACUGACAAAAGUGUAAAUAUGUCUCUCAGAUUGCAUAUACCGUAUUCACAGUUCAAUAAAUGGGUGCAGAUGUUCAGGUGAGAGGUUAGGGUGGAGGGCAGUUCUUUUGAUCAAAUGACUACAAAGUGUGGACGUGCUCUGAGGCCGAUUCAGUAGCUUAUCUGGACUACAAGGCAGAGUAAAACUAAAACCGUCUGAAGUUGGAGAAACCUCCUGCUCUAAGUUUCACUCGCCAAAUUUAUCCUGAAAGUUCACCUAACCUGCUUCACAGAACAGGCCUCAGAUGUCAGAGUGACUCUGGCUGCAGAGUCCACUCACUCUUAAUUAAAAAGUUCCUCAAUUAGCACCAUUAAUUCAUGUCUUGACUAUUGAUUUCACUGCCAUCAGUAGUCACUGCCUCUCCUCAUCAACAUGUCGCUUCCUGCCAACUCUUCUUUAAUCAGGCGGUUGCACUUUGGCGUCAUCUGUUUACCUCGGUACCACCUCUUCCUCUACCUGUGUGUGUGUGAGGAAAUAAAACUAUAAUAUCCCUGGUGAGAGGACAUGUCAGAAAAAUCAAAAACAGCUAAAAUGUGUGUUACAAAAAAGGAAAUAAAAACAUGUCAAAACAACAAUUCACCUUGAUUUUUCUUAAGUUUGGUGAGGUUGAUAUCUGGGUAAGAUUUUGCUUUAUUUUGUUUUUAUUUUGCAAACAAAUCCUCUGUUAUGUCUGCUGAGACAAAUAAAGAACUGUCUUUCUGUCA